ACAGAAAGACAGUACAUAUUGGUGUGUGUGGUGGCCUCUCUCUUCCUUCCCGCCAUUAAAACUCAUCUCUCUCUCUCUCUCUCUACCACAUCAUCACCAUCACCAUUAUUAUUAUUAUUAUUAUUUCUUCAACUUUCUUUCUUUUUUACCUUUCUCUUCUAUAAAUAGCCAGAAUAAUAGAGAGGUCCUGCGUUUUACUAUAUUUUUACUAGGGUUUUCUUCAUCAUAUAUACUUAACUUUCUUUCACUCUCAUCACUCAUCAUCAUCAUCAUCAUCAUCAUCACCCCCAAAAAAUAUAUUAAAAAACCAUUUCCCAAAACCAAAUUCAUCUCAUCUCAUUUCAUACCAUCUCAUAAUAAUAAAUAUAUUUGAACUAGCUAGUAGCUAGGGUUUCAAGAAGAUAUAUAGAUAUAUAGUUAUAUAUAUAUAUAUGAUGAUGGGUAGUAGUAGUAUAUAUUCAUCAUCAUCAUCAAGAGGUGGUGGAGAGAUGGACAUAGACAUGAACAUGAACAUGAUGAAUAUGAAACCUGCAUGGCUAGAGAGGUUGAUGGAUGAAACAUUCUUUGGAGAUUGUGGGGUCCACAAAAAUCGAAGGAAGAACGAGAAGAACAUUUUUUGCUUACACUGUUGUCUUAGCAUCUGCCCCCACUGCUUAUCUUCUCAUACCUCUCAUCCUCUUCUCCAGGUGAGAAGGUAUGUUUACCACAAUGUAAUUCGAUUGGAUGAUCUGGAAAAGCUCAUAGAUUGUUCCAAUAUUCAGCCCUAUACUAUUAACAGUGCGAAAGUGAUAUUUUUAAACCAGAGGCCACAAUCAAGGUCAUGCAAAGUUACAGCCAAUGUUUGCUUCACUUGUGACAGAAUUCUUCAGGAUCCAUUCCAUUUCUGUUCUCUCUCAUGCAAGGUAGAAUACAUGGUGUAUGAGGGUGAAAAUUUGUCGAACAUUUUACAUCGAUUUGAUGAAUCUGACUUUGCAAUAUCGCAAUUCGAGGGACUAAGAGUGGAUGGAUCUGAGGUAAUUGAUGAAGAUAACAAUCAGAUUGGGCCAAGUUCUUCAAAUUACUCCAUCAUCAAUGAAGAUCAGGCCACCAGCAACAAUAGAUUCCUCCCUCUCCCUCUCCCUGCCAUUGUCCUCUCUCUUGGUAGCAGAAGAAAAGGUGCUCCUCAAAGGGCCCCACUCUCCUAAUUAUCCUUUUUCAUUCAAUUUUUAUAUAUAUUAAUAAUUAUUCUCUUUCAUCUUUUCAUCGCUAAAUAAGAAUUUCUUCAUCACUUUUUAUUAGUAUAUUGUAUCUUCUAAAGUUAUGCUAUGUGCAUUGUGGGAUGGUUUUUCAAACCACCAAUUUUGUUGGAAA